UCACAGACUAUUCAUCAGUUGCGCCAAAUAACAAACCGGACCAGCUGCACAUUUCACGCAAAAAAUGAACAAGUUCGUGGUAGGGUUAUUGCUGAUGGUCAUUAUAGUGGACAUGUUUUGUCCAUCUGAAGCUUGGUGGUUGGGGAGACGCCGGUGUAACCUAAAAAUGAAAAGACGACACGGAUGGAAAAAUGAUUUCGACGGACAUUUGAAAUUCAAAUGUUCUGCAGGACAAGCCUUAAGGCAGGUUCAAUCGACUUACAGAUCCUGUGCCAAGGACCGCGUCUUCAAAUUCGGUUGUUCAUAUAACUGGAACACGAAGAGAAUGACGAUUUGCAAUUGGUCACAUCACUGGAUCAAUGACUGGGACCAGCCCUUUUCCUUUACGUGUCCACACCAUGGUAUUUUGGCUGGGAUUGAAAGUUACCAUCACAAUAGCUAUGAAGACAGGAGAUACAAGUUCUAUUGUUGCCACAGCUACUGGCACCAUGCCCAUUUCUGUAAAACCAGUGGCUACGUGAACAAUUGGAGGACCUAUAUCAAUUUCCGGGCGCCACGGAAUCGAUUCAUCGUUGGGGCAAUCAGUUUUCACAGAGACAGUCAAGAGGACCGUCUUUGGAAGUUCCAAUACUGCAAAGUUUACUAGCAGCCUGUGAACCUCACUGACAUAUGAAAGAAACCCAGCAUAAAUGACAAUCUUAACAGCAAAAUCUUAAUUUUAAUGUUACAUCAAAGGCAAUGAUAUUACUAUAAAUAAUCAUGAUGUAAAUGAUGUAAAUUAAGGGAAUAAAAAUGAUGAAUAAUAAAGGUAAACAAGCUACAAGAAA